AUGCCGCAAGCAAAGCCAUCCAAGUCGGCCAAGGCUUCUAAGACAGCCAAGGCUAUCUUGCAUCCGAAAUCGACCAUUGCUGCAGCCAUGACCAAUCAUGGUCAACGUGCCAGUACCGAUUCGGCGUCGAGUCAAGACGCGCCAUCGCUAGCAAAGUCGUCCGCUUCUUCGAUCAGAAAAGCAGCUUCAAACGCGUCCAUCUCCCCAAACACAGCCAAACCGCUGCCCGAUGCCCCUUCGUCGACCAGCAGCCCAACUGCAGCGAACACAGCUCCGGCUCCGGAUGUGCUUACUCCAGCUACAAAUGCAGAUAUACUGAGCAUGAGGCUGCCAGCCACGAGUGAACCAAAGUCUGUAAUCCCUGUAUCGCUUCCACCUUCUAUCGCACAAGCAUCUAUGGAUUUAGCGUCGGCUGCUCCUACACCCGCCGCCACUGCCUCGUCAACAAAGGUCAGCGCAACUCCUUACGCUAUUAAUGACCAUUUCGACGUUUCUGAAAGCGCCAUCAAGACAGCGGCUGCAAAUGAGUCUGUCGAACGCAAUUCGUCAGUUUUGAGCCGCACGGACACGAAAGGGAGCGAGAGCUUUGCCUCGGAGGUGGCGGCGGUGCUUGCAGGAUCAGAUCCAGAACCUGAUGCUGAGCUUGUACCAGAAGCUGUAGUAGCUCCCUCUUUGGUUAGCGAUGCCAUCAUCAACAAAGCUGCUUCGGCUAACAUAGAGACAAACGCCUCGUCGCAGCCCGCAACUGCUGUAACCCAGCAAGAAGAAGCGUCACUAUCGACCAAGCAGGUCAUCACCACCGCCGCUGCCGCCGCAAAAGUUGCCACGUAUACCCCCCCGGAACUCACUCGACUUCAACACAACGCAUUCGUGUCUCGACCUACGGAUGUGUCGCGCUCUCUGCUGGGCGACUUGGAUGCGUCAGCCAUGCCUGCGCCGCUGCAGCCACUGAAUCGGCAGAAGGGCCUCGUGCGCUUGCCCAGCCAUGUGGUCAUCUUUGGUUGGAUGGAUGCUCCCAUCCGACUCGUGGCCAAGUAUGCGCAACCAUACACCGUGCUUUUCCCUGACGCUACCGUGUUGAUCGUACUGUCCGACGGCAAGAGCUAUCUUGCGCGAGAGGCUGUCAGGAGAGAGCAACUGCAGCUCGUCAUCGACGAGAUCUCUGCGACCGUUGCGGACGAAAAGGCGAGCGGGGGCAUCGAGACGAAAGAUGUAGGUGAUUCGACAGUCACCUUGAUCGACCACAGCGAGGCUCGAUCGGCCUCAUCUGAGCAAGGUGGCGAUGCAGUGCCGCAGCAAGGUGGAUUCGUGAUUCACAGCUUCUCGGACGGAGGCGCAAGUAACCUUGCGCUUUUCCUCGACCAAAUGAGCCGUCGGAAGGGAGCUUCGCCACCAGUGCAUUCGCUCAUCAUGGAUUCGAGUCCCGGAAAAGCGAAUCCCAAGACGGGCUCGGUGGCCUUCACGAUGCAUCUGGCGAAUCGACCACGCUUGAGGGCCUUCGUGCGCUUCUUUGUCUAUGUUGGACUUUACCUGCUCCAGAUCUGGACAAAGGUGACAGGCAAACCGGGCAGAGGAGAGCUGAUGAGGAAGCGAUUGAACUCGUUGAGGAGCUGGAGCUGGGUGACGGCGUCUUACACCUCUAGGAGGCAGCCAGACCCGAACCCGACCAACACCAAGGCCGAGGCCGAGGCAGGGUACCCUCCGAGGAUGUACAUGUACACCACGGCAGACAAGCUCAUCCCAUGGCAGUUUGUCGAAGAGCACGCCGAACAGCUCGCAAGUCUCCGAAACACUCGGCCGAGGUUGGUGGAGAUGGAGAAGCAGCAAGACAGACAGGCGCUGCUUCGUUCAGCUCAAUCAGGAACAGAAAAGGAGCACGACGGAUCGGCCGAAUACAAGGUUGAAUUGAGGAGAUGGGACACUCCGCCUCAUUGCAGCAUCGGUCGCUCCGACUUUGAAGGAUAUUGGGCUGCCGUCAUGGAUUUCUAUGCCAACGUGCUCAGUCGAAACUAG